UAUUCUCCAAAACAGUGCCUAUGCCUACUACGGUGGGCCUCAUUGCCAAACUCGGAACCAUUCCCAAUUUCCCCCGAUUCAGAGUGUGUGGUGUUGGUGUUGCAACACUUGCACCCAACCACUGCCACUUUUCUUUCACCAUUUCCCACCUUAGCAACUUCAACACUACAACCCCCACCUCUUAACAAACAUCAUCAUAACUCAUUCAGAGAGAGAAAGAAACAAAAAAAUGAACCAAGACGCCAAAAAAAACAUUGCUGGGCCUCUAACGGCGAGACCCGACUCCGAUGACCGGAAACCUUUACCGUUGCCGUCAACGGCGCCGCCUGUCCCCCCGAAGAAGGUCAUCAUCAAGAGCGCCGACAUGAUCUCCGACAUGCAGAAGGAGGCCGUUGAUAUCGCCGUCGCCGCGUUUGAGAAGUACAAUGUGGAGAAAGAUGUUGCUGAGCAGAUAAAAAAGGAGUUCGAUAAAAGGCAUGGCCCCACGUGGCAUUGCAUCGUUGGUCGUAAUUUUGGCUCCUAUGUGACUCAUGAAACAAACCACUUUGUUUAUUUCUAUUUGGAUCAGAAAGCGGUUUUACUAUUUAAAUCUGGGUAGCCUUAUCGUGGUAGCAAAGAAAUUGAGAGCAAUGGGAAUUGUCUUGUGAUUAUGCUGCUGUAUACAGUCCUCCAAUUAUUAAUUCUACCGGCAUGCAUGCAAACUAUUUGCAGGACAUUCUUGUGCUUGUAUAUUUACUGCCGUGUAAACUAGUUCUCGGUUUGGAUAUGAAUCUACCAAGUAUUACCUUAUCUUGAAACUACAGGUGUUUUCGGAUAGUAGUUUUCUUGUUCAUCCA